CAUCUUGAUGGUAAUCACCUAUUGAACGGUUGGAUGGAGUAUAAACAUAACGGGGAACCCAGGAAGAUUUCAAUGGUGGCCGUCUUCAUCCACAGUGUCCCGGCCCACUUGAGUUUUGGAUUGGCCUGAUUUAUGGGCUAACACCUGAACAUGAGCCAACGAAAACGAUGGACGGAGCAGAUUUCACACAUACAUCACGCUGGCCCCACAUAGAUUUUUGUUUGCACUGGCUCUCUACGACAGAUGAUGUACGAAAUUCGACUCACGAGUUCUCCUCCUCCAUACGGUCCCUCUCAGCUCUCUCCAGUCUCUAGCAUAUUCCAGUGGAAGUGCGAUAUUCUCGAUCGUGGAAUCCCUUUCCUGCAAAAUUCAAGUGGCAUUUCCGUUAUUUUCCCCACAAACCAGAGCCUUUGUUAUCGGAUCGUAUCCUUUGUAUGAGACGCUGCUGGGAUUCUUCAAGCAUUUUCAGCGGUUAUCUACAAAAUCUCUCUCACUGAAAUGUAGCUUUAGCUCCUUACCGUCAGAGUCUCUGAUGGAAACCCUUAGCGUCAGACCCCUUUCCAUCUCUUCCAUUUCCAACCUUCCAAACCCUAGAAUUCAGUUUCCCUCUUCCCUUUUCAAAUUCAAUUCCAAGAAACCAAGGAACACUCCAAACCCAAAUACCCUCAAAACCCGAUGUGAUUACAAUCCACCCACAGAGAGUCUGCUCCACACCAUCAGAGAUUUCGUUCUGUCACGGAAAUGGGUUUCGCGUGUGAGGGAUUCCGUCAAAUCGGAGUUUCCGAAGGACGGAGAGUUCCUGCAGAGCGGCGGCAUCGGCAUGACGCUCCUGAGCACAACGACAGCAGCUGCGAGGGUCCACAUCAGUCCAUUCCUCGCCACGUUAGCGGCGAACCCGACGUUCGUCUCGGGGCUGCUGGCGUGGGCCCUCGCACAGACGAUGAAAGUGCUCUUGAACUUCUUCGUGGAUAGGAAGUGGGACUUGAGGAUCCUGUUUAGCUCUGGAGGAAUGCCAUCGUCGCACUCGGCGCUGUGCAUGGCGUUGACGACGUCCGUCGCGCUCUGCCACGGGGUGGGGGAUUCGCUCUUCCCUGUCUGCCUGGGGUUCAGCCUCAUAGUGAUGUAUGACGCCACCGGGGUCCGCCGGCAUGCCGGGAUGCAAGCGGAGGUCCUUAAUUUGAUCAUUGAAGAUUUGUUUCAAUGGCAUCCUAUCAGCCAAAGGAAGCUUAAGGAACUCCUUGGCCACACUCCAUCUCAGGUCAUUGCUGGGGCCCUUCUUGGCAUCUUGGUUGCCUGCUUCUGCUGUCAAGGUUGCUUAGUUGCAGCCUAAAUGGCUUCUUCAGGGGGGAUCUUAACAGGUCAGCUGAGCUCAAUUAAUGCAGCGUUUUUUCAGGGUCCACACUAGCAAUCUGCUCCACUUUUGCUUCAUUGAUGGCGUUGAGGAGGGAGACCAUAAGAACUCUCUCCUCAUGUGUCCCCCAGAUCGAUGUUGAUGUUCAAGGCUCAGUCUGGCUGUCCUGCGUUGUGCUGAAGGGGAGGGCAUUGUCCUGGGGAUUCUUGUAAAUGUUGUCAAGGAAAUUAUACUCCUUCCAAGGGUUAAACAUGUUGUUUAUCCUGGGGGAUUGUGACUCUAACGAUCCUGCCGUGGCAUUAGCGGAACUUGGGUCCAUGAAAUGGUUGUAAUUUGGGAAUUUUCUUCCCUCUUUCUCAUCUUAAUGCAUAUUCAAUUAUUCUCUCAUAA